AUGGUCGGGACCUGGACGCCCCCAGGUGCCAUUUUCACAGUCGAGUUCGAUGAUGAGACUCUUGAGCUUCGGCUCAUCAGGAGGACCGAGAUCCCGCACGACGAGCCGAUCUCAUGGAUGGCUUUUGACCACGCCAAGAAAAACCUCUACGGAUCGGCCAUGAAGAAGUGGACGAGCUUUGCAGUCAAUAGCCCGACUGAAAUCGUACACCAGGCAUCACACCCCAUUGGUGGUGACCCGGAGGCACAAUCCAGCAGCACGAACACAAGGGCCAUUUUCCUGCUGCCGGCCCGGAAGCCGCCGUUUGCGGUGUAUUGCAACCCUUUCUACAAGCAUGCAGGCUACGGAAACGUGUUCAGCGUCGGCCCCUCCGGAGAGCUGCACGAAAACGUGCAAAACUAUGCCUACCAGCCAAAUUCUGGGAUCCACGGCAUGGUCUUUGACCCGACCGAGACGUACCUGUACUCGGCCGACCUAUCUGGCAACAAGAUCUGGGUGCACCGGAAGCAGACGGCGUCGGAAGCAUACGGCGGCCAAGUGGAGCUGGUGGGAUCUGUCGAUGCGCCGUCGGCUGGCGACCACCCGCGCUGGGUUGCCAUGCACCCGUCGGGCCAGUAUCUAUACGCACUGAUGGAGGCGGGAAACCGUCUGUGCGAGUACGUCAUUGAUCCGGCCAGCCACCUGCCUAUCUACACCCAUCACGCCUACCCGCUGAUUCCGCCUGGCAUCGAGACGCGCGACCGAGUGACCGGGAAAGGCCUGUACCGCAGCGACGUCUGCGCGCUCGACCACAGCGGCCGCUAUCUCUUUGCCACGGCGCGUGCGAAUAGCUUCGAACUCACGGGGUACAUUUCCGCCUUCCGGCUGCACAGCUGUGGCAGCAUCGAGACGCAGGUCUGCCUUAACCCCACUCCCACGAGCGGCGGCCAUUCCAACGCUGUCAGUCCGUGCGACUGGUCCGCCGAGUGGCUCGCCCUCACCGACGACCAGGAGGGCUGGGUCGAGAUAUACCGGUGGCACGAGGAGUUUCUGUCAAGGGUGGCACGCGUGCGCAUCCCCGAGCCCGGGUUUGGCAUGAAUGCCAUCUGGUAUGACUGA